AAUUUGUUUGCGAUAUUUUUCAAUUUUUGAUCGCUGAUUUAUUUUAGGGUGUAAUGGUUUUUUUUUUAUUUUAGAAGCAUUAUUUUCCCUUUUCUUUUCCUCUUUCUAUAAAAUAAAAAUGAACGUAUUCAAUCGACUCAAGUCAAAUUCCAACGCCGGAUUAAAAUCUCGUACACCUUCACCUACCGAAGAAUAUGGACCGGUCCUACACGAACCCAAGUUGACACCUCCUGCUCAUUUUACACCCGUCGCUCCUGCACCUUUGGAUAGCGAACAAGAAGAAAAGGUGACUCGUCUUCGAGAAUAUAUGCAAUCCAUCAUGCUUCCCGAAUCGCAUGAAUAUUACCCCAGCGAAAAGGGGUUCCUUACCGAUAACACAAUUAAAAGAUAUAUGCGUGCAAGAAAGUGGGAGUUCGAGCACGCAAAAACCAUGUUGGAAAAUACGGUUCGUUGGAGACGUGAUUACCGUCCUGAUGAACUUGACCCCAAUUAUAUUAAACCAGAGGUCGAGACUGGUAAGAUGUACUAUAAUGGCUUUGAUAAGUGUGGUCGACCUGUUUGGAUUAUGAGACCUCGUCUUCAAAACUCCAAGGAUGCAGAACGACAAAUUAAGCAUAUCGUUUAUUGCUUAGAACGGGGUAUUCGUUUAAUGCCUGACUUGGUAGAAAAUUUAGCAAUCAUUGUGGACUUUAAAGAUUCUUCGGCGGCUCACAAUCCAAGCGUUUCCACAUGCAAGAAGUUCUUGGAUAUUCUGGGUAAUCAUUAUCCUGAAAGAUUAGGUGUAGCCUUUGUAGUUAAAUCACCUUGGUUUUUCCUCACUACUUUCAAAAUCAUUUCACCAUUUAUGGACCCUGUUACAAAGAACAAGAUUAAGUUUGUCAUUGAUGGAAAGGAUAAUAAGGAAACCAAGAGUUUAAGUAACGAGAUGGUACAUUUGGAAGAUUACAUCGAUCUUGAUCAAUUAGAGUGUGAUUUCGGUGGUCAUUUCAAUUAUCAAUUCGAAUUAGAGCCUUAUUGGAAGUUGCUUCUUGAAAAGACAGGCGACCCAUAUAAAAUCAUUGAAUACAAGUAAAUUUACUAGAAACUCCUCCCCCUACUCUUUCAACACUUUCCCCUUCCAUUUAUUCAUAUCUCAUCUUUCUUCAUUCUAUACACUUCUCUUUGCCACUUUUAGACCAUACAAUAAAUUCCAUAAAAAAACUGUGUAACAGCCAUGUAAUAAAAAACACACACAAUUCAGUAUCAUUAGACAUGGUAA